AUGGCAGAUGAAUCUAAUUAUUCGGACGCGGGGUUUGAUGACCUCGAAGACUCGGAGAUCUCGCUCGAGGAUUUUGAUGUUCUUGAUCACCAAGAUGUUGCUGAAUUCAAUACAGCCAACAUAUUGCCGCAAGAAGACGCGAUUAUCAAGAGAAUCAGGACCUGGCUCAAUCCCACACAAUACGCAGGCGAUGGCAGCGAAUUCCAGAGACACUGCUCAUCACACUUGAAGAGCACCAGUCAAUGGGCCCUCACUUCCCCUGAAUUCAGGCAAUGGCAUCAGAGCCAGGAGCAUGGCAUUCUAUGGGUGCGAGGGAUCCCCGGAUCUGGUAAAUCAGUUCUCGCUUCAACACUCAUUACCCAUUUGUUGAACGAGGGCCCUGUUCUGUACUUCUUUUUUCGCCAUUCAAUUGAAUCCAAUCGUCGGCCAAACGCGGCGAUCCGGGACUGGCUAUCACAGAUCUUGACGUCCAGUCCGCCUCUGCAGCUUGCACUGACAAAAGAAAUAUCCAAGCCUGUGGACUCAUUGACAGUAGAGAGGCUGUAUGAACUGCUACGACUGGCGCUGGAGAAUCUCCCCAAAGCCUUCUGUGUGGUCGACGCUUUGGAUGAAAUGGAUCAUGCCGCCCUUCAAUCUUUUCUCAAACUUCUCGACUCACUAGGCAACAUCCGCCCCAAGGAGUUGAAGAUUAUAAUAACCAGUAGGCCCAUUGUUAGCAUACAGCAAAGUAUGAGGGGAAUCAAGCUGCUUGAUAUUCGUCUUGAGAAAAGCCUCAUCGAACCCGACAUCUCGGCCUAUAUCCGGCAUAAGCUUGGUGAAUCCCACUUGAGCCCCGAGAGCCAUCCUAGAGUUGUGGAAAGCAUCUUGCACAAGUCUAGCGGACUGUUCCUUUACGCAAAAUUGGCCACUGAGGCUAUUAAAGAGGUGAAAAGCGAGCCUGAUGCUCUGAAGACUCUUGAAAGGCUGCCGACAGAUUUAUCAGCCGUAUAUGAAGAGCUUUUGAACGAGCACCUUGAGCGAACGGGGCACUCUGCAGAGCUCCAAAUGCUAGUAUUGCAGCUGGUAACACAUGCAACCAGGCCCUUACGCCUUCUUGAGAUCUCAGAUUGUAUCAAAGUCACCCAGCCUCAUUACGGUGAUGACAGUGGUAAAAUCAAAGACGCUGUGCGAUCUGUUUGUGGACCUCUCCUAGAGAUUCUGCCAGAUGAGACAGUGUGCAUUAUUCAUCAUUCUCUUGCAGAAUAUCUUUUGGGGGUCAAUACAGGCGAGGAAAGAGAAUUUCCCGUGAUCGACUCGGGGCCAACACAUGAGUUAUUAGCACGCCUCUGUAUUUCGUACUUGACGUCGGGCUGCUUGGAGCUUGUCAAGUUCACGAUGGGCUUUUUUGGGGUAGAUAUGACCCUCGAGCGUGGCCAAGUCUAUGCCCCGCUUACGAGGUACGCGGCGUGUAACUGGUUCAUACACCUGAAAAAGGCUAUUGCCUAUGGUUUCAAAUCGCAUGAUACUCUAGAGGCUCUAUACCAGCUACUUGUUCUAAGUGGAGAGCAGAAUGCGGCGAAAAUAACAAUGCUUGCAAAGCUUGGGAAGCCAGGCCAUCAAAGCAAUGGAGAGUUUUUGGCGCCCGAGGUUCAGGCUUUGCACCUUACUGUUGAGCUGGAAUUGACAGAACUAGCCACUGUUAUCCUCAAACAUCAUGGUGACAAAAUACUGAGUUAUGAUGGCGGGCGAGAUAACGAGCCCCUGUUGCAUCAUGCGGUGGCCAAAGGCAGCGAGGAUAUGGUUCGCCUCUUUAUCACACAUGGAGCCCAGGUAGACCAGCAUAACAGCCGCGGUUAUACACCUCUCCACAUAGCUGCUGGUCUUGGAAUUGAAAGAGAGGAAUUGAGUGCUCGGAGCAAUGCCAAAGUGGCACAUGUUCUCCUUGAGGCUGGUGCUAACCCAUGGAAUUCUCUUGGCAAAGACGAGCACGUAGAUGAUAUGAGUUUCGGGCAUCCACAGAUGCCUUCUAUACAAUUCGUCUUUGCUAGGAGUGAUGAGGCAAUGGCCGAAGCGUUCACGUCUUUCAUCAGAGAUACUGAGGGCGCUUCACAGGCCCUUGGCUGGGCAAUUCAUGGGGGUCGAAACUUGAAGAUUAUUCGAAUGAUCUUGGGACACCCCUGCACGGAGAUUAAUGCAAAAAAUAGCAGAGAUGCUGGAUAUUUCGCCAUGACACCUCUCUAUGCAGCGUGUACACUGCGAGAUCCGAAGUUGAUAAGCAUUCUUCUUGAUGCUGGGGCCGAUCCAAACAUACCCCAUAGGGGAGAGUUUCCUGCAAAGUCUGAUUCUUCCCUGCCUGGAUACAAUGCAUUGCACGCAAUUGCGAAUCCUUAUAGUAAUACUGGACUCCUCGGUUACAAGUUGGAUGAAGCAAAGAAUGAGACAACGGCCGAGUGCUUCAAAUUAAUUAUCGAAGCUGGCGGAAACGUGAAUCAAGUUGGCCAAAACGCUGAGACUCCACUUCAUGUGUCGAGAGACUCUGUCUCAGUGAUGUGUCUUCUGGAAGCAGGAGCAAACCUUGAUGCUAAGGACUCUAGAGGAGAAACCUUGCUACAACGAACUUCCAAUUUGAAAAUAAUUGAAUCUCUACUCCCUAGAAUUGAUGUAAAUGCUGUAGUCUCGGCCUCGGGGCAAAGACUCCUGACGCGGGCUUUGGUGGCUAAGGACGUGGACGUUUCUCUGAAGCUGCUCGAUCAAGGGGCCGAUGCAACGAUACUUGACGGCAGCGGUAAUAGUGUUUUGCAUCAUGCCGCGAAGAUUCAAGGAAUCGAAAAGAUGCCUAAUCGCAAGUUGCUUGAGAAGUUGAUCGAGGGAGGUGCAGAUCCAAACAUUCGUAAUUCGGAUGGGAAGACGGCAUUAUCCUUGGUGGUCAAUUCCUUCUACUUUGAUGAGGCGAAAUUUGUGGCUUUCCUCGACACUAUAAAUCCCGACCUCGAAAUCAGGGAUGAAAAAGGCAGAACGAUUACGUUUGCCUUCCUCGAUGAAUGGGAUUCUCAGAGAGAGAAUUACGCCUUGUCUUUCCUUGCCAUUAUGCAUGAACGGGGGGCUCGCUUUGAUGUGGCGGACAAUAGGGGGCGAACACUCCUCCACGUUGCAAUCCGGCUUUGUGUGACUGGCGGGGCUUUACUUCAAUUUCUUGUCAAAAAGGGGGUUGAUCCACAUCAGCCUGAUUUUGAGGGCAACACCGCUUGGCACGAGUGGGCACGUCGGUUCCCAGGGCGGGUACAAGGAAGACAAGUCUUCAUGGAUCUACAAGAGCUCGGAGUGAGUUGCAAUCGAGGGAACAACCGUGGCGUACUCCCGUUUCAUGUUUUGUGCCGCUUCAAGGUGGCACUGCCUGAAAAGCCGAUUCAAAACGACCAGCUGCGCGCGUUUGACCUCCUGCGAGAGACGAAUCCGGACGUCAUCAAUAGUACAGACAAUGACGGAGUUUCGCCUUUGCACAUCACCUCAACGUGCUCCACGCAAGUUACAAAGAGGCUUCUUGAACUUGGCGCCGACAUCACUACGACAACGCAUGAGAAAUUAACAGUCUUCCAUCUGGCGGCGCGCUCAAGGAAGGCCGAUGUCAUAUGGCUCCUUGCUGAUUGGUUUAAGGACAAUCGAGCAGACCAAAAUCUCGAUGAAUUCUUGAAUGCAAGGGACGUCAUGGGUCGAACAGCUCUGUACUAUGCGUGUGCUUCUGGUAGCAACGAGACAGUCCAAAUCCUUCUUGAUUCCGGUGCAAGUGCCAACACAGAGACAUACAUCGGGUCGACAUGGAAUGGCGUUGCUGAUUUUGAAGAAGAACAAAAGAAUUGGAUCCUCGUAUCUACUGGCUCCAGCGUCCACCACGACAACACCUUCUACAGACCAGAUGCUGGAGGAGUAUUGAUUGCUGACAAUCUUCGACCAAAACCUCUUAACCUCCAAUCGAAUCCUUACCCAGCGAAACAAAUUGACAAGGUCAUCAGCAUCCUUAUUACCAGAGGGUCAAGAUCUGACAUUGCACUCAUUGAUGAAGCAAUUGCAUCAGCUUCCCAGAAGAAGAAUGAACAUACGGUCAAAUGUCUAGUCAAUGCUCGUGCUUCUUUGAUCGCGGGGUUCGAAACCCAAGACGUCGAUAGUUUUGGGCUGUUGCAAAGCAUCAUCCCUGGAUUGUUAGAAGAAAUGUCUCUUGAAGAGAGAGAUGCCAACAUACACCAGAAGCUUUUAGAUGUCAUCGACGAAGGAGAUGUAGAAACCCUCCGUCGAAUACUUUCAACAGGUCAGGUAAACGCCAAUUUGCGCAAAGCGGGCAAGGAAGUUCUGGCAUGGACCUCGGCUGAUAAAAGAAGCGUGAGACCUGCAAGACAUGACCCCAACACGAACAGUGAGUUUUACGUGAUCGACUAUUUAGUCACGCGUGACUUUAGGAGGCAGAAUGAUUACCAAGUGGCUAUUGGCAAACGAAUGCUCAGCCUCUUGCUAGAACAUGGCGCCGAUCUCAAUAGUAGAUACGAGUGUAAAACACUGGUACACCGCAUACUAGAAACGAGAGGAGAUAACGGUCGAGCGUUGAACGGUGAAAAACCAUACCUAGACCUGAUGCUCAAGCACCCCAGCCUAGAUAUCGAGGCAACAGAUGCAACUGGCGCGACGCUGUUUUUGCGAGCAUGCGCGCUUGUAGAUGUGUCUGUCGCCGAGGUGCUUCUCGAAAGAGGUGCUUCAGUUACGGCACGGGAUCAUCAAAGGAAGAAUGCCCUUCAUCAUUUAUGCUCUCAUUUUUAUUUCAUGGCAAAGGGUAUUCACGGGGAUAUUGGUUGUUCCGAUGUGGCUAGACAGAGAGAAUUCCUCAUCCGCCUCAUACAGCUGGCUCCUGAUCUUCUGCUCCAGGCAGACAAACAUGGAAGAACUCCUCUUCUAUGUGCUCUUGGACAAGCUGGCAGGGGGCGUGAACUUGGGGAAGGCAUCGAUGCCCUCCUGGAGAAUGGCGCUGAUGUCACAGCCCCGAAUCUGGAGUCAGGCGAAACACCUUUGCACCUCCUGUUCGGAGGCCGGUGGCAGAUUGACGCCAAGGGAGGCGACGACGUGGCUGCUGUGUGUGGAAGAAGACAGGAGCUAUUGCACAAGUUCCUUGCUCGUGGAGCCGAUAUUAACGCAAAGGACCGGGCUGGAGAGACACCAGCAUUCCGGUUCAUACGCAGAGGCAUCGUGAAGGUCAAAAUACCUCAAAGUGAGGUUGAUUCAUCACUACGUGGCGAGGCUUAUAUCGCCGCCGAUAAUCUUAAAGACAAGAGGAAGGGCGAGGCUGCUGUAAGAUUGCAAGGCAUUGUGAUGGAUCUGUUUGGCCAAGUUGGCGUGGACUGGACUCACCUUAGCACCCGGGGACAAUCUUUGCUCCAUCUUGCGGCAGGCCGAGGUGACGACGUGAGAUAUCAGGAGGGGAGAGGCUUGGGAAGGUUCCGUUAUUUGAUGGGCAAAGGGCUUGAUAUCCUGGCCGAGGAUGAUCAACACCGCUCCGCGCUGGAUUUCGCAGCGGCCAGCGGAGCCGAGGAUAUCUUAGAAUAUGUGCGAAGAGAGCACGGAUAUGGUUUUGGGAAUACUUAA